CCCGAGAUUCCCUGGCCAUCGUGCAAGCACACGCCAUCCCUCUCUCUUGCAUCGCCUCCACUCCACUGCUUUCUCUUUUCCUUUCACCAUCUCCUUCCGCGCCUCCUUUUCUGUAUCCCGGCGAUGUCAGGCGAGUCGCUCACGCGCAGCAGCGGCGGCACUGCCCACCGCCGCAGCAGCUGUGGAUCUGGCUCCCCAUGGUCUCAUACCCGCAGUAUCGAGGAAAAACUCUCCGAUCCGAUCUCACCUCCCAGGCUCCUCUGCGCUUGCAAAAUCCCCCUAUCCCAAAAAAGAUCCAAUACCACUAGGAACCCUAACCGAGAUUUCUAUGCCUGCAGUAGAAUAGGAACAAAUGAGGCGUACUCAUGCAAAACAUGGAUAUGGGUUGAUCUCGUGCGGGACUAUGUUGAGCAGUUGGUCAGUCUGCGAACAAGAAACCUGGAGGUUCUUGAAAAAGAGCUUGCAGCCGUACAGAGGGAGCUGAAGUUGAAGACUGAUGCACUCGUUUGCAGGGAGAUAGAGAUGGAGGAGCAGGGCAGCAUCCACCAGGCUGCAAUUAGUGAGCUGAAGGCUCAGCUUGUGUCUCUGCAAUUCCAGACUAAGGCUCUGAAAUCCUCUGCUUUGAAGUUCAAGAAGAUUCGCAUGUUGAUGCUUAUGUACGUUGCAGUGUGCUGGUUCUCUGCCGGCUCAUUACCAAUGACACUAGCUGCAACUCUUCGGCGCAUCGGUCGUCGAUGUCGCUGCCCCUUUCUUGUUCGCCGCCGUCUUCGAUGCUGCUACCAAUCCCUUGGUUGCCUCGUUCGUCGACGCUGCUGCUGCCUUCUUGUGGCCCGGCGAAGAAGGAGGCCUCUUCUUUCUCAUCCUCAACCCCAGGCUCAGCCACAAACCGGUCAAAGGAUACCGGCUCGCCGGCGGGAGAUAUCAGAGAGGCUACGUACUCGGGCAGGGGGUAGAAAUCACUUGUGGAUACUGCCCCCUCCAAGGAAUGGGAGGGUACUCUCCCUGGACUUGACCCGCCAGACAUUGCCUGCAAGAGGCGGCAAGGCUGGCAGCCCCGACGACGACGACGGGUGGCGGACAGGCCGGGAGACAGAGCAGUCGCGCCCGCCUCCCGCGGAUCAGCCGCUCCCGGCCAGAAGAAGGGGCGCGCGAAGCAGAGAGGGUCGCCGACGGAGCAGGCAUGGCGGCGGCGGCGAUAGAGGAUCUGGAGUGGGGAAUUUUUGGAGUGAGAGAUUUUUGAGGGAGAGGUGGGCAAUGGCUACCGCGGAGGCGACAGAGUCAACAGUGUUGAGGGGAGAUGGGCAAUGACGACAGAAUCUCCGUGUCUACCGGAGUAAAAGCCGGGGGAAAGCAGCGAUCCAUGCGAUGGAACAAGUGCACGCACAUGAAUUCCUCUUUCCCUACUCUUCUCCGGAUCUCAAAGCAACCACAUUCUGGACGGAGACUGCUUCUACUGGACGUAAAACGGGGACGUGUACAUUAAGUAUUUUGUUGGUUACGGGAUCAUCAGACCUUUAAGCGAGUUUCUGGAAAAUCUGGUCAUGAAGUGAUGCAAUAUUAACAGGCGCUGCGUUGAUGCUUGGGAUGGUGAAACCUAAAAGGUCUCAGGCCGAGGCUAUUGCAUCCAAUGUGAUUAUCUAAGAUUUUUUAACAUGUUGACAUUCAAGCGUGGCAGACCAUUGCAAUAUUCAGUUGAUUCUUGUGUUAUGUCUUUCUUUGGCAGAUAACAAUUUUUAAAUAUAAAGAAAAUCCGUAUUAUUGGUUGUUUGCUUACAAGACACCAUAUGCUGAUAUGCCCCAUAUUGUUACCUCCACAUGUGUGGUUGUGCAUGGUGUACUUUGUGGGAACUAUAAUAACUUCAUGUGAUAGUCUUAUUGUUGUGUCUAAUGGCAUAUUUUGUACAUGUUGAUUUUUUCUGACGAAUUUACCUUUGUGAUGUAUUAUCAUACUAAAUAGAUAUUUUUAGGUAAAUACUAAAAAGAUAUUUUUUUCGUGACAACGCCAUGCAGGCGGGCGGCGAGGCGAAG